AUGGCUCAUUCGGUAAGUUUGUGUAUUUGUUUUGAAUAUAUGUUUACGAUAGUUUCAGAGUCAUAGGCUGGAUAAAAUUUGUGUUUGAAUAUAUGUUUACAAUAGUUUUAGAUUAAUAUGUUUAUGAUAUUUCUAGAUUAAUAUGUUGGAUCUUGUCAAAGCUUGUGAAGCUGAAAGUGAACUCAACUUUCUCCAAGAGUCGUUUGUGCUUACUGAUGAGCAGAAGGAAGCUGUUCUUCAACAGCGCAUUAUAUUUUGGACGAACGGGAUGGCCGAAGAUAUAGAACGGGAGAAUCCGGUUGGAGUUGACCCUGAUAUGAUGGCAAACUGGACCGAGGAUCAACGUCGACUGUUCAACGAAGACUGGGCCAAUGAUGAUGGUUUAUGCGAACUCGAACAGAUGCCAGAAAAACAAAUAGGUGAAGGGAGCAAGCGAAGGCACGCCAGUGAUCACACCCCCUCAAAACGCCAAAGACCAGAGGAGUAUUUCACUAUUAAAUCAGCCAAGCAAGUCAACGUGAGGAAAUUCAGGACGACAGGUACACAAACUGUUUUUAUAUUUUUAAGCGUGUAUUUUUAAGCGUAACAUUGGCUACGUGUUGGAUAUAAAUUGUUAUGUGUGAGUGAGGUUUCGUUUUUAUUAGGCUCCAUUUACACUAUACCGGAUUGCUAUCGGAGUGGGUCAAAUUUUGUAGGUAUCGAAAGGCUGUGAAGAUUUUUAAUCUCAGAGCCCCAAAUAAACAUGCCAAUUCUGUCAAAUUAAUAAGCAUUUGCUACUAGCCAUUGCUCCGUAACGGCAAAAGAAGAUGUAGUGACCAGCGAAUCCGGUAUAGUGUAAACCGGGGCUUAUAAGAGUUGUGUUUAUUGCUUAUAUGUACAUCUGUAGUUGGCUAUACGAAGGAUGUCCAACAAGUUAGCUUUUUAUAAAUGGUCAUAACUCUCAAAUGAAGCCUUAGUAUUUACAGGGCUUAUGAUUAGAAUUGUAGCUAAAUGUUUCGAGUGGCACAAUCCGGUAAAUAGCGAACUUAAGACCUACGACGCGGCUGGCUCAGCGACGCGCGUCAUAGAUCUUGAGCUUUCUAUUAGUGUUGUUUGUACAACCUCCCGUUUUUUAGGUAUCCAAAUUAUUCCAUAUUACAGAGUAAUCAUGUUACAGUAAUCUAUAUAAUGAUUACUGCUAUAAAAAUAACGCAAUGGUGUAAACGCGCCACAUUUUCCUUGGUCAUUAGACCAAGGCUUGUAGUGUAAAAACACCUCGUGAAAUUUUGGGUGUUUAAGGCUACUUGUUACCAGCCAUAGUCGUUCUGAUUGCUAUUACUUAGUACAAUAGUGUAUUACGGCUUUUAGGUACAGACUAUACUGUUCAAUUCAAUCCGUUGGACGUGCACGGGGUAUCGAACGUCAUGUCGACGUUGAACCGCGCAUUUCAACACUUAUUUGACCGACUGACAAGUGACAUGGCUCCUCACGAUCAAGUUCGCUUGAUCCUCCACUCGAAUCAGCUGGACAAAUCCAUUUCCUUACCUUUCCUACAACGCGAUCGUCUAACCCCAGAACGUUUCCUGGCAGCUGUCGAACGCGUCGUACAGUCCAAUGACCAAUUUACUUUGGAUGACUCUGUCAGCGUCAACGUAGUCCAUGUCGAAAUGCCUAACGGUGCAGGUAGAAAACGACGUGAUGUUGUAAACCUCGAAAGUUUUCUCGGAAAAAAGGACUGUAUCGUUCAAAUUAAGAACAAAGAUGAUCUCUGUUGUGCCCGCGCGAUUGUGGUGGCCAAAGCAAAAUUGGAUAACGAUCCGCAGUACAAGAGCAUCGCAACACCGCGUGGAACACUGCAAACUCGCCUAGCCCAAGAACUCCAUGAAUCAGCGGGUGUUCCUCUUGGUUCCUGUGAUAUCCCGGAAAUCAAACAGUUCCAAGCUGCUCUUCCUGGUUAUCAGCUCAACGUGAUUUCCAAGGAACAUCUAAACGCCAUGAUUUAUUCCGGUCCUGAAACAGACAAAUGUUUAUACCUGUACCAUCAUGAUAACCAUUACGACGUCAUCACCAGCAUGCCUGCCUUCCUUGCCCGUAAACAGUAUUGUCAUAAAUACAAGAAGGGCUACGACAAGAUUACUGACCAUCCCUGUGGCGAUCUGUGCAAAUUGUGUCAUACCCAAAACUGUCCCAUUGUUAAAUGGAAAUUUUGCAAAGACUGUAACCGUUUCUUUAAAAGUGACGAAUGCUUCAACCGCCAUAAAGACGACGCCGGCCCUGCCAAAUCACUGUGUCGUGCUUUAGUUAAAUGCAAAAAAUGCAAACGUGUGGUUACUCGUGCCAGUCUUCGUGAUCAUCAUUGUGGCAAAGUGAGAUGUUCCACCUGUCAAAAGUACGUCAAAUCUAAAAACCAUCAAUGUUAUCUCCAACCUGUAAAGGCGAAAAAGACACAAUCCACUGAAGAAGGAAACGAUUUGCUCGAUGAUGAUGUGGCCGUGGAAAACGACGUAGAAGACACCAAAUACUUAAUGUUCUUCGACUUUGAGUGCACGCAAGACGAUGGUAAACACGUCCCCAAUCUCUGCGUAGUCCAGAACGAAAGCGGUGACGAGAAAGUCUUUUCUGGGCCAAACACUAAAGACGAGUUUUGCGAGUGGAUGUUUCGGCAGGAAAACGCGAAGACGACGUUUGUUGCACAUAAUUUCCAGGCUUACGACGGGUACUUCAUUCUACAAUACCUUUACAAGAAUGGUAUCACUCCAGAAAUCAUUACCCGUGGCGCAAAAAUCCUUUCGCUCACUGUCCCCGAAAUGAACAUCAAGUUUAUAGACUCUCUCUGUUUCAUCCCAAUGAAACUCGCCGCCUUCCCGAAAACGUUUGGUCUCACAGAGCUUCAGAAAGGUUACUUUCCCUCAUUUCUUUAA